AUGCGGGCGCUGCUGCGGCGGCUGCACGGGGCGGCCGUGGCGCUGCUGCUGUGGCGGGGCCCGGCCCCGGCCCGUCCCGCCGCCUCCGAGGUGCUGAGCCAGCACCUGCGGCAGCGCCGCCUGCCCCACUGGACCUCGUUCUGCGUCAAGUACAGUGCGGUGCGCAACGACCAGUUCGGCCUCUCGCACUUCAACUGGCCCGUGGACGGCGCCAACUACCUGGUGCUGCGCACCGGCUGCUUCCCCUUCAUCAAGUACCACUGCUCCCGCGCCGCGCCGCAGGACCUGGCGCUGCAGAACGCCGCCUUCACCGCCCUCAAGGUGCUCAACGCCGGCAUCCCAACUUUACUGUAUGGAAUUGGCUCCUGGUUCUUUGCCCGUGUCACAGAGACUGUUCACACGAGCCAUGGCCCAGUCACUAUUUAUUUUCUAAAUAAAGAAGAUGAAGGAGCCAUGUACUGAACUCAGGCCCUGGAGUACCUGUCCUCUGGUGGGUUCUGUGUCACAGCUGCUACAAAUAUCUGCUGCCUUUGACUAAAAACAACUAAAAAGUCUUGGUUUUUACAGUGUGUUCUCAUAUUCAGUGUGCUGUUUCAGGAAGCUUCAUGGACUUUUUGGUCAUGAGAGAUUUAUUUUUGCAGAGGUCUGUAAAGUUGAGGAAUGAGCAGCUUUGGGAGAAGAAUUUCUGAGGGUAUAUCUAGAAGUCAGUGGCUGGUGCUGCUGGACAAACUUGUGGUAAUUUAAAAAGAUACAUUUAUCAACGUAGAGGACUGAAUUGUAGCCUGUGGGCAAGGAAACUGAAUGCACUGAUAUUUUCAGAAUGUCUCUGAAAAGAUAAAGCUGCUCAGGUUUAGAGCCUGUCCAGAUGUUUCAUAAUGCAUUGAUUGUCACAGUUGUAACUGUGUCUGAGUGAAUCCAUGGCACUGACUGUUCACAAUCACCUGGAAGAGCCUUUGGGAAAAAAACCCACCCUAAGAAGUGCAAAAUGGCUGUAUCACAUUUCUUUAAAUUAUAUUUAAAUAAAAUAUCCAAAAUACA